UUUCCGCACUCCGCACUCUCUCCUACUUUUGCUCGUCGCUGUCUCGCUCACCAACGAAAGGUAAUCCCCAAGACUUGUCCGAAGCGCCACCCUCGCCCUCACGACUGGCGCUUCCGAGUUCCGACCAUCCACGGCUUCGCUCCUCAGUGCGGAGGAGACUAGCCCUCGGUUUCUUGAAGAAGAGGAGAGGGAGAGAUGGUGUUCAAGGGGCGCUUCUUCUCCUCCAAGAAGUCGGACUCCUCGUCCAGCCCCGACGGAUCCCCCUCCACAGCUAGAUCCGACAAGAAGAAGGCCAAGUCCAACGACGCCGCCGCCUCCACCCCCCGUCAUACCCUCAUCAAGGAUGCCGUCGAGAAGCACCACCUGCAGCAGCAGCAGCAGAAGAAGAAGGGUAAUGAUGGGAAGGAUUCCAAGGGUAAGGAGGCUGUACAUGCCCCCUCCCCCAAGCCCUCCCCUCCGCCCGCCGCAUCUUUCUCCGCCCCCGCCAAGCUCCGGAAAGGGCCGGCGGCGGCCAAGGACGGGGCCGGGCCAGCGGCGGCGUCCCUCUCCCCGAUCCUGGCCUCCUCACUCGGCCUAAACAGGAUCAAGACUAGAUCCGGGCCGUUGCCACAGGAGGGUCUGCGCGUGGAGCAUGGGAUGUCGGGUUCCGGGAGUAGCAACUUGUCUAGAGGCACCAACGGCACUGCCUCAUCAUCGGCUUUGUCGACUUCGAUGGCCAGAGGAAAGAGUGGUGGUGUUGGCAGUAGCGGCGCAAAGAAGGAUGGAAGGGCCCUAGACAAGGUCCCCGAGUCGUCUACUAGCUCCUGGGUUAAUCGUGGUGGUAGUGGUGGUGGUGGUGCCAAGCAGUGGUCCACGGCUAGCGCGGAUACUCCAUUCGGGUGGCAGAUUAAUAAUGGUGAAGUUAAUUUAUCAUGGAACAAAUUUGAGAAAUUAAAAAAUAAUGCUACAUUUGCUUCGGCGGUAGAGUCACAAUAUGAUGCUUGUGAAACUCCAAAGGAGUCUGAAUCUCCCCGCUUUAAAGAAAUAAUGCAGGCUACCAGUGCUCCCAGGAAGAAGUUUCCUGGAGAUGUAAAGAGUUUUUCACAUGAACUAAGCUCCAAAGGAGUACGACCAUUUCCAUUUUGGAAGCCUCGAAGUAUAUUCAAUUUGAAGGAAAUCUUGAAAGUUAUUCAGGUGAAAUUUGAGAAAGCAAAGGAAGAGGUGAACUCAGAUCUAGCUAUUUUUGCUGGUGAUUUGGUCAGUAUAAUGGAAAAAAAUCUAGAGAACCAUCCUGAUUGGAAAGAAGUUUUGGAAGAUUUGUUGAUACUUGCUCGGAGCUGUUGUGUUAUGACAGCUGGGGAGUUCUGGCUUCAGUGUGAAGGUAUAGUUCAGGAUUUGGAUGACCGUCGCCAGGAACUUUCUUCAGGAAUGCUAAAAAAACUCCAUACUCACAUGCUAUUUAUCCUUACUAGAUGCACUAGAUUACUUCAGUUUCACAAGGAAAGUGGGUUUGCUGAGGAUGAGAUAGCCAUGGAUCCAAGAUCUAAAGUCAUGCAUUUAGCUGAGGUAUCGUCAGUAUCAAUGAAAGAUCGUAAACCUACCAAGGCUGAAGAGAACUCUGUUGAAGCAGUUGUUUCAAGAAAGUCCCGUAGUCAAGAGCAAAAUAAUCUAAAAUGGAAACGAAGCCAGGAGAUAAAGCCUGUUGACUAUUUUUCACAACUUGACAUCGGAAAGUAUGAUUCACCUUCUACAAGGGAAUGCAUGGCUUCUUGGAAGCCUCUACCAUCACCUGCAUCGAAGGACCAAAAAAAAUCUAGCCCCCUUAUAGAUGAAUCACACAAUGAGAAAGUUGAUUCCUUACACCUGCAAAAGAGUUCAGAGGAAGACUUGAUUUCCUCUAAUCUUGCUGAGCAAACUAGCCCUGUUGAUGCCUCUGUGCAUCCUUCUGUUUCUUCCAAGCAUCAACACAAAUAUUCAUGGGGCUUUUGGGCUGAUCAGCAGAGUAUUUCUGAAGAAGGAUCAAUUAUGUGUCGUAUCUGUGAGGAGUAUGUUCCUACUUUGUUUGUGGAGGAACACUCAAAAGUUUGUGCUGUCGUGGAUCGGUGUGACCAAAAAGGUUUAAGUGUUGAUGAGCGUCUCCUUCGAAUAGCUGAGACACUAGAGAAGAUGAUUGAUUCCUAUACACAGAAAGAUCUACCUAAUGUAACUGGCAGCCCAGAUGUUGCAAAGAUAUCUAAUUCGAGUGUGACUGAAGAAUCUGAUAUUCCUUCUCCAAAAUUAUGUGAUUUGCCCCAGCGAGGUUUGGGUGAUAUGCUUGACUGUCUUCAUGAGGCUGAGAAUCCCCUUCUUUUAGAUGACCUAAAAUAUCUGCCAUCGAUGACUUGCAAGACUCGUUUUGGUCCAAAGUCUGAUCAAGGAGUGGCUACCUCAUCAAUAGGCAGCAUGACUCCUCGGUCGCCUUUAAUGACACCGAGGGCUAGUCAUAUAGACAUGCUUUUGGCAGGGAAGAGUGUAGUUUCUGAGAGUGAUGAUCUUCCGCAGAUGAUUGAGCUUGCCGAUAUUGCUCGAUGCAUAGCAAAUACUCCAGUGGAUGAAGAAAGAUCCUUGAAUUAUUUAGUUUCAUGUUUGGAAGAUCUACAAGAAGUUAUGAACCGUCGGAAGCUUGAGGCACUUACAGUUCAAACGUUUGGAACACGUAUAGAAAAGCUUCAUCGUGAGAAGUACUUGCAGCUUUGUGAUUCAGUAACUUCACUUGACAUGGAAAAGGAUGUUGCAACAAGUUCUGUAAUGGAUGAAGAGGAUGAUGUAGUUCGCAGUUUGAGAGCAAGUCCUGUUCACCCUACCACCAAGGAUCGGACAUCUAUAGACGAUUUUGAAAUUAUUAAGCCCAUCAGUCGAGGGGCAUAUGGUCGGGUUUUUUUGGCCAAGAAAAGAACUACAGGAGAUCUCUUCGCAAUAAAGGUUCUAAAAAAGGCAGAUAUGAUCCGCAAAAAUGCUGUUGAGAGUAUUUUGGCUGAACGUGACAUUCUUAUUACGGUUCGCAAUCCUUUUGUGGUUCGAUUUUUUUAUUCGUUUACUUCACGGGAGAAUUUAUAUCUUGUGAUGGAAUACUUGAAUGGGGGAGACUUGUACUCGUUACUAAGAAAUUUGGGUUGCUUGGAUGAAGAUGUUGCUCGUGUUUACAUUGCAGAAGUUGUCCUUGCAUUGGAAUACCUGCAUUCCUUGCGUGUGGUGCAUCGUGAUCUGAAGCCUGACAAUCUAUUAAUUGCUCAUGAUGGUCAUAUCAAGCUGACUGACUUUGGUCUUUCCAAGGUUGGUCUCAUUAACAGUACGGAUGAUUUAUCUGGUCCUGCUGUUAGUGGGACAUCAUUAUAUGGAGAAGAUGAACCCCAGGUAUCUGCAUCUGAGCAAUUGAAUCAGCGAGAAUGUAGGAAGAAACGGUCUGCUGUUGGUACACCUGAUUAUUUAGCACCGGAGAUUCUUCUGGGAACAGGGCAUGGUGCAAGUGCAGAUUGGUGGUCAGUUGGUGUCAUUCUCUUUGAACUCAUUGUUGGAAUUCCACCCUUCAAUGCAGAACAUCCACAGAAAAUUUUUGACAAUAUUCUGAAUCGUAAAAUACCUUGGCCGCAAGUACAUGAAGAGAUGAGUUUUGAGGCCCAAGAUCUUAUUGACAACUUAUUGACUGAAGAUCCUCAUCAAAGACUUGGAGCCAAUGGUGCAUCAGAAGUCAAGCAACAUGUGUUUUUCAAAGAUAUAAAUUGGGACACACUUGCAAGGCAGAAGGCUGCAUUUGUUCCUUCAUCGGAUAAUGCCCUUGAUACCAGCUACUUCACUAGCCGUUUUUCUUGGAAUCCAUCAGACGAACAGAUAUAUGAAACCAGUGAAUUUGAAGAUUCUAGUGAUAAUGGAAGCAUAAGUGGAAACAGUAGUUGCUUAAGCAACCCCCAUGAUGAACUGGGUGAUGAGUGUGGAGGUCUUGCUGAGUUUGAUUCCAGUACAUCCGUCAAUUAUUCAUUUAGUAACUUCUCUUUCAAGAAUCUAUCACAGCUUGCAUCAAUCAACUAUGAUCUACUCAGCAAAGGUUGGAAGGAGGAUCCACGACCAAAAACCGGAACUUAAAUUGUGUUCCUUUGCAAGUUGUUUGAUUUGGACAAUUUCUUAGAGAACUUCGUCUCAUGUACAUCUUGUAAAUAUGCAGGCUCAGGACAACUCCAGGCUGGUGUUUUUCACCCUGUGGGCCAGUUUCCCAAUGGCUGCCUACAAUUUUAGCCGAAUGGUGAGAGUCCUUUCUAGUUCCGUAUGGUUCAUUCUCCAUCGAAUGACCCAUUACUUGGAACAGCUAUACAAAGAGGGAAAUUACAAAUCUUCCAUUUGAUUGGAAUUCUCUGUUAAUUUGCCUGUUUGCGAUGAUGGAAUAGUUGUCUGUUGUACAAGAAAGGAAGAGAGAAAGAAAGGGGUGUGAGAACUGGUCCUUGGCAUUCAAAUGGACCAUCAUUGGUGAAUGGAUCUCAUGUCCUUUUACUCUAAUGUCUCUUGCAAGGUAAACAAAGAGGGUGGAUUUUGAUACGACGAUCCAACCAAGCUUUUAUUGGAUAAGCUAGCUAGCUAGCUAGCUAGCGACUUCAACACUCUUAUAAUCAUGUAGGUAUUUCUUUCUUUCAUAGUAACUUUUUAAUCCUGAUUAUUGUUGGACUUAGUUGCACUUAUCAAAUUAGAUGUUAAUAAUUAUUGUUCCUUUUUUCCCUGUCAUUAACUUCAAAUCUGAAUGUUCUUUUAAACAGUUCAUAGUCAUAAAAUGUACCUCAAAGUUAAAAUGAUAAAGAUAAAUUUUCCUGUCACACCUUUACUCCAAAUAAACUCCAGAGGUGUGAUCUCAAUCUUCACAGUUGCUUCAGCAAAUUUCAUGUACUAGUACUGUAGUAGAGAGUCCCAAAUUUCUUCAUAUCUAUACAACAUAUCAACUACCGUUGAUAAUUCUACGCUAAUUCCUGCUUGCACUGACAGCACAAAAACUAGUACUCUUCUUAGGCAAUUCCAGAUAACUACGUAGCCAUGCUCUAAGGUUGCAUGUGGUAGGUAGUAGAUCUGCCCUUUCUCAGCAUAAGAAAGGAGAGACGACUAACUAUUCUAAGGUAUUCUACAAGUCUAAGGGCUCGACGGCUCCUGUUUCAUCGACAGGCUAAGGCGGCUGGGAACGCCGGCCGCUUCACAAACCGGCCCUUCAUCCUCGGCCGCUUCUCCGCGUUCAGCUUCCGCACCUCGUACCGUAUCUUCUUCGAGAACAGCCUCCUCCUCCGCUUCUCCCGGUACCUCGACACCCUCGCCUCCCUUCCUUCGUCCGCCGCGUGAGCCACCUCCUGUUGAUAAUGCAUCUCCUUCAUCGCUGCUGCUCCUCCUGCCAUCGCCUGUACGUGACACAGAUCUCAAGAUCGAUCGCCAUCUAAAUAAAGAGGUUAGUAUUACAUGAAGGGUGCGGUCUCUUACUGGUACGUCCGGCCAUGAAUCGUUGGGAUCGAAAUCCGGUCUCACCCCAUCUAUCCACAGCGACAACACAUUAGAAGAGCAAGCGGCGAUGACAGCCUCGUAGUCCAGCCUCAGUAUCAUCUUCCUCUUCGCGGCUGCCUCCGCCCUGUAGUUGUCUGAAGCCGUCUCCGCCUGCUGCAGUGGCUUAUGCUCGUCCACUUCGACUGCCAUCAUCAGUGAGUCGAAACCGAGGUCCAGUUUCCACUUGGGAAGGUCCAUCUCCAUUCUGAAAUUGCUGCUCGUCCCGGCGACGUCCAAGUCCACCUCCACCUUCACCUGUCCGUCGCUGUCGUCCUCCACCGUGCCGUUCAUCCAACCCAGCCCGUCGAUGCAGAAGGAGUCGUUGUCGAGCCCCGAUCCAAGCAAGACCUCCAUGUCCGACGCAAACUGCUCGAGCUCCAAGUCCGAGGCAUGAAAACCCCCAAGACCGUUAGCGGUGGGGACGGCGGAGACGUGAGCCUGCUCCAAGAGCUGCACGGCCGGCUUCGCCUCUGUUUCCGAACCGUUGGCGUGGUCGUGGUGAGGCUGGGAUAAUAGCUCGGCGAGAACAGGGUCAAGGAUGGGCACGCAGUGGAGGAGCUGAUCCUCCUCGUUGAAUUGGUUCUCCUCCGCCGAUAACGCCUCGAGGUCGGGCACGAGGGACUCCACUUUGGCCGCCGUGGGUGCUCCGGCAACUCCCGGCUUGCCACGAGGGGUUCUGGGCUUGCGCUUGCAGCCAUGAAGCCACGAGGGCGUCGCAUGAUCGCCCAGCCCAUCCUCCGUCGUAGAUAAAAAGCCGGAGAAGGAGGCAGUCUUGAGGCGGACGCGGCGAUGGCGGCGGGCAAGAGGGUUGGCGGAGUGGACGGACACGUCGCAGGCCUGGCAAAGGAAGGCGUCGUCGGCCUCGCAGAACCACCGGGCGCGUCGGCGGAGGCAACCAUCGCAGGGUCGCGCCGUCUUGGCGCCCACCGCGCUGGCCGGGCGCUGCUUCUCGGUGCAUCCCAUCGCCGGAGAAGAAGCCAGCGCUCUCCUUACCCAACCAGAUAGAGGGAGCGAGGGAGAGAGUGAGGAAAGCGAGGGAAGACGACGCAAGCAGGUGCAGCACCGGCAUUAGUGGUAUAUGUUCGCGGGACGGGAAGCGGGCGCGUGGGGGCCCGUGGAACGCGCUUUUGGCGUCGUGUCGAUCUAUGAGAGGCCGGGAAGAAGCUUGUGGGGCCCUUAAGGGGGCUUAUCUCGAACGGCAUUGGUGGAGGUCGAGAAGGCCAUCCGCUUCCCCGAACGCCAUUGGGCGAGCGGUCCAUUCACCGGAUUUCACCUGGUGGCCCGCCGAGGGGAAGAACCGGACAAAGCGUCGGCGUCCCCGUCGCGGCCCCGCCUUGUCGUCGACGGGCUUCUUCCCACCACUUCCUCUCCCCUGGUAGAAGGCGGGCGCAGCUGCACGCACUGAUGGCUGGUUACGAGGGAGAGCCUGCGUUCUUUGCUUUAGUUACAUCUAGACCGCUCGCCUCCUUGAUCGAACGGUUGGAUGGGGUCCUCGGGAGUAUUAUGUACAAGGCAUCCAUCAUCAUCUUCUUCUUCAUCUUUUUCUUCGAUUGAAAGGCAAAGAGACAUACUCCAUCAGGUUGAAAGAGAGAGGUGAUGUCUGUUUGCUCCUUACAACAGUAGGAAGAUUAACCAACGUGGUUGAACCUUAUCUGAUUGUUGAAAGUCUCACCUAAAACUUUUUUUUAUAUUUGUUUUUCUCUUGAUUAAGGCCAUAAGUCUAUCCGAAUGUUGACUUAGAUGUUCUUAUUCAAAACAUAGUUAUCAUAAUCCAUCAGACAUCAA